CAAAGUCAUUGAAAAAAGUUAGCGCUGAAGGUGGGGAGUCGGAUCGCGCUACUAAGUGGGGAUCCGCAUAAAUCCGAGCAGACUUUCUUCGCGCUCACACCUUGACAAGCGUUGACCGGGAGAAGUUGCUGAAAUUCGUUCCGAGUGUGUGUCCUUUCAAGGUUGAAGCGCGACGAGCAACAGCACGGCGGCUGAUUUCCAUUAGCAAUGGAGAUCGCCAACACGAAGCCCCUGACGUACUUCGCCGACGACGACCUGACGCCCGUGCAGCAGUUCUACCAUGAGAAGACCGUGCUCAUCACCGGGGCGUCGGGCUUCAUGGGCAAAGUGCUGCUCGAGAAGCUGCUGCGCUCCUGUCCAGGGGUCGGCAACGUCUACGUCCUGCUGCGACCCAAGAGGGGUGAGCAGCCGCAGCAGCGCCUUGAAAAACUCAUGAAAGACCCGGUGUUUGAGCGUCUGAGGCGUGAGCGCGGCUCAUUGAUCGGCGUCCAGCCAGGUGUGGUGCCCAUCCCUGGGGACAUUUCUCGUCCCGGCCUCGGCCUCAGCGCCGCCGAUCGCGCCGUCCUUGUGUCCAACGUGCACAUCGUCUUCCACGUGGCCGCCACGGUCCGUUUCAACGAGAAGAUGCGACAGGCUCUGCAGACCAACUUGGGCGGAACCAACGCCGUGAUGCAACUUUGCAAAGACAUGCACAAUCUCAAGUCUUUCAUCUACGUGUCAACCGCCUACUCGAAUGCGCCCCGGGACAAAGUGGACGAGAUGGUCUACGCGUCGCCCGUCGACCCCGACAAAAUCCUCCAAUGCAUGGACUGGAUGUCCGAGGAGCAGUUUGAAGAUUUGGCACCAUCGUUGCUCGGAGAAUGGCCAAACACCUACACCUACAGCAAAAUGCUUGCUGAGGCCCUCGUCACCAAACACUGCAAAAACAUGCCAGUUGCCAUUUUCAGACCCGCCAUCGUCAUCUCGACUCACAAGGAGCCAGUGCCCGGCUGGCUGGACAACCUGAACGGACCCGCUGGAAUCACAAUUGGCUCUCUGCUUGGCACCAUCAGAAUCUUCCACUGCAACAAACGCCUCAGAGUGGACCUCAUCCCCGUAGACAUGGCCGCUAACGCCAUGCUCGUUUCCGCUUGGACCACAGCACAUAACAUUAACCCAGAGCCAAAGGUGUACAACUUUGUGUCAAGCGCGCGAAAACCAAUCAUUUGGAAGGAGUACAUGCGCAUCUGCGAAGGAUAUGGUCUUGCAGAGCCUCCCGAGAAGGCCAUGUGGUACUACUGCCUUACAUUGACUGGCAGCAAGUCCUUGUACAAAGUCUUGACCCUCUUCAUGCACGACAUUCCCGCCAGACUGAUCGACAUUGUGCCCUCGGUGAUGGGUCGCGGAGCCAAGAUGACCAAGCUGUACGCAAAAAUCGACCAGUUCUCUGACGUGCUGUCCUACUUCACCAACAAGCAAUGGGACUUUUCGGACAACAACGUGCAAGGUCUGCACCAGCUGUGCGGUGACGCCGAUCGGGCUCUCUUCCCACUCAAUAUCACCGAUCUGCAAUGGGAUCCCUACCUCAAGAGUUACAUGUCAGGGCUCAGGUUGUACCUCCUAAAGGAACCACAGGACAACCUGACCGUCGCGCGCCGAAAAUAUUUUGCAUUAUUCUGUUUGCACCGAGGAAUGCAACUGGGCAUGUUGUAUGGCUCGUUCCGAGUAAUCCUAGGACUUUCGUCUGUGUUCUCCAGAUACUUGAGGAUUGCCAAGUGAUCCACACACUGAACGCUUGUUGUGCAUUGGAGAGAGGCUCAAAGUGCGAACCGGCCGGCUUGUGGCGAUUCGUCUCUUUUGUCUAGUUUGUAGAUCUUUAUAUAGUGACACAAGAAGUAGAGAGAUCGUGCUGAUCGUUUACCCCCCGUCUGUAACUGUGUGUGCUCAUACAAAGCUAGAUUGUUUGCUAAAAACACCUAUUACCCAAUAUGAUUUUAACCUCAGUGCGUGUGUAUUGCGACUCGAGUCUUAUCUGUGAAUAUUUUACCACCUCUUAUACCCUUGCGAGUAUGUAAUUUAAUAUACAUUAUAUUCAUUGAAUUUUUUACUGUUUUUUUUCUCCUGUCAUUUGGAGCAGUUUUUGUUCAGAGGAGCGAAGUCAGUAGGACGAAUUGUGAUUUCGUCCGCAAAUCUCGCAAGAGAGAUUUUUACAGUAGGUCACAUCCCGACACUUGCGUUGCUGCAUCAAGUUGUAAAAUGAUGCGCCUCCUAUUUAUAUGCAAUGGAGCUAAAUGUAAAGAAGUUUUAAUGAAAUACCUAGUGGUGAAUGUUUUUUUGUGUUGUUUCGUCCAGAGUUUUAUUAUUUUAUAUCGUUUGACACCUCAGUUUGUAUAUAAGUGAUCUUUUUUGCUACACAAUUAAUUAUAUAAUGGAUUGUAAAAGUAUAACACGCUUAAGUGCAAUAAAAUUUACUACGUGAAAACAAA